AUGAAAAAAGAAGCUGUUCAGAAUGAAAGAGACCGAAUAAGCACAAGAAAAAGUGGAUUUGAAGGAAGCAAUAUCACAUCCAUUAAUACACUGGCACAAGCAGAAGCUUUGUCUCGUCAGAUCACUGCCCCAAGUACUGGUACAAGUACUGACAUAAAUACAAAGAAAAUUGCCAGUGUUACUGAUAUUUGUGAAUCCAUGAAGCAGCAACUGCUGGUCUUGGUGGAGUGGGCAAAAUACAUUCCUGCUUUCUGUGAGCUUCCUCUGGAUGACCAGGUUGCUUUAUUGAGGGCUCAUGCCGGAGAACAUCUUCUUUUAGGAAUAACAAAACGUUCCAUGGUGUUUAAAGACAUUUUACUUUUAGGAAACAGCUAUGUAAUUCACAGGAACUGUAGCGAGAUUGAGAUAAGUCGUGUUGCCAACAGAAUUUUGGAUGAACUUGUCCAGCCUUUUCAGGAGAUCCAGAUAGAUGAUAACGAAUAUGCCUGCUUAAAGGCAAUUGUAUUUUUUGAUCCAGAUGCCAAAGGGCUCGGUAAUCCAAUGAAGAUUAAAAAUAUGCGAUAUCAAGUACAGAUUAGUUUGGAAGAUUACAUUAACGACAGACAAUACGAUUCCAGAGGAAGAUUUGGAGAACUUCUUUUAUUACUGCCUACUCUUCAGAGUAUCACUUGGCAAAUGAUUGAACAAAUUCAGUUUGUAAAGUUGUUUGGAAUGGUUAAGAUUGAUAAUCUUCUCCAGGAGAUGUUAUUAGGCGGUUCAGCAGCAGAGUCUAGUCACAUCCACCAUCCUGCACAUCCUCAUAUAGUACAAGAUCCUCUAGUGGGACAGACUCUUCUAAGUUCCAUGUCUUCUACACUACACUCAGAGCAAAUUGCCACUCCUGAAACACCUUUGCCUUCUCCUCCUCAAGGGUCAGGACAAGAACAGUAUAAGAUAUCCACAAACCAUGCAACUGUCAUUACACAUCAAUCAAUCUUGAAGCAGAAACCUUGA